AUGUCGACUCCAGUCAAGGUGCUGGUGACUGGCUUUGGUCCGUUCCUUGAUAUUACGAAGAAUCCGUCCUGGGAGAUUGCACGGCAUCUACCGUCAUCCGUUACUGGCCCCAAUGGCGAAACCAUCACUAUCAUCGUACCAGCUGAACCCAUUCCAGCAGCUUACCACAAGAUACUGGCCCAGGUCCCGGUGUUGAUCCAGGAACAUGCGCCUGAUCUGGUUGUGCAUAUGGGUCUUGAUGUCGGCAGCGGACCCGGAGUAUUCAAACUCGAACGGAGUGCACUGCGAGACGGCUAUCACGAUAUUCCAGAUAUCGAAAGGCGCGUCUUUACCAGAGCAGACAACAAGAAACUGUUUGGGAAGGCAUCAUCGUCUCUAACAACUACUCUCGACAUCGAUGCAGCAGCCAGGAUAUUGCAGGAAGCUUGCUUUUCUCUCAGCCUCUCAACUCCGGCAGCUGCGCCAGAGAAUGUCAAGGUCAAAGGCAAAGGCAAAUCAAGAAAAGCUAUCGAAGUAAGACUCAGCGAUGAUGUGGGCUCGUAUGUAUGUGGUUUCAACUACUACAUCAGCCUACUCGAGAUGCAGAAGCGUACCAGCAAGCGGGACGAUGUCUUCUUCCAUGUGCCUCAACUUGAGUCCAAGGAGCAUAUUCAAACUGCUGUGAAGGUGACGGAGGAACUAGUCCGAGCGCUGGUGGCAGUACGGAAGCAAUAG